CUGCUGAUCUGAUGAGCUUCAACACGAUAUAUUUGACGCUGAUGUCGGUCAGAAUGGCUCCUCGUCUUCCUCUGAUCUUUCUGCUCAUGAUUCACGUGGUUUCUGCUGAUUGGGGUGUGAGUUACAGUCCUUCACACAUCUGUGCACUAAAGAACUCAUCAGUGAUAAUGAGCUGCACUUAUACAUACCCUACUGGAUAUAAGAUUGAGAAAGUGGUCUGGACCAAAAACAUUGUAAAGGGUAAAGAGUCUCCAGAUCUGUCUAAGGAUCCUGAAUACAGUCAGAGGCUUCAGUAUCUGGGAGACAAAAAGCAGAACUGCACCAUCAGACUGAGUCAUGUGACACAGAAGGACCAACACAUGUACUGUUUCAGAUUCACAACUGAUAAAUCUGAUGGAAAAUGGACUGGUUAUCCAGGAGUGACUCUUACUGUCACAGAUCUUCAGGUGGAGGUUCCUGAGAGAGUGACAGAGGGACAUAAUGUCCGUCUGACAUGUAAAAGCAGCUGCACUCUGACUGACAGAGCAACAUUCAUCUGGUACAGAAACUCACAGCCAUUAACUGAGAGAAGAGACAGAAACAAUCAACUCCUGCUGCAGUCAGUCAGAAGAGAGGAUGCAGGCAGAUACAGCUGUGCUCUACAUGGACACACUUACAUCUCUCCUGCUGCUCAGCUCAAUGUCACCUAUCCUCCCAGGAACGUCUCUGUGUCUAUAACUGGAUCUGGUGUAAUAGUGGAGGGAGAUUCAGUGACUCUGAUCUGCAGCAGUGAUUCAAACCCUCCUGCUCUGAACUUCAGCUGGUUUAAGGAGAAUCAAAGCUCAGCUGUUGGAUCUGGACAGAGUUUCAGUGCACUACAGAGUGGACGCUUCUACUGUGAGGCUCACAAUCAACAUGGAUCUCAGAGAUCAGACGCUGUUACUGUCACAGCUCAUCCAGGAGCUGAUAGGAAUGUGAUUGUGAUCGCAGCAACAUCUGGAGGAUUAUUCAUCUUCAUCAUCAUCAUCAUCCUGUUUAUAAAGAGGAAAAUGAGUGUUAAAACUGAUCUCACAAUUACAAAGGUAAAUCAUCCAGACACAACUUGACUUCACGGUACCAGA